CGCACGCGCACCUGCAUCUUCUCUGUUCCGAUGUGUUUUUUUUUUCUUGAGAGGUUUUCUGUUUGUUUUCUUGGAUAACAGAAAAUGUGAGUUGAUUCAUUCCACCUCGGUGUUUUUAAGAACUGAUCGAUAAGGGUCUUUUGUGAGAUGAGAUCUUGCAGCUCCACAUUUUCUCAUGGGUCUGUUUCCUGAGAAAAAGUGGAUGCUUCCGAGAAGAAGAAAGAAGCUUAAUGUACUUCUUUCUUUUUAAAAGUUCCGAUUAUUAAUCGAUCUCUAGUUGAAGCUGAUCUUCUGCUAAGACGAAUCAAAAGGUGUUGUUGGAUCGUCUCAUCAGAGUUUCUCAGCCAUGGGGAAUGAGAAAGCCGUUUCUGGAAACACCAUACCUCUCCAUCCUCGCCCUAUAACUCGUGCCCUUGCGCGUGCUUCUUCUAAUCUUACAACAUCUUCAGAAAUGGCUGCUGCUACUACAAUGAUCAACCAGGGAAGGGGUCUGAGAGCAAACAGUAAAAGAACAGCCUCGGAUGAUAAGAAUGCCAAUGCACCUAAGAGGCGAGCUGUUCUUAAUGAUAUCACAAACGUUUCCUGCGAGAAUAACAUUCAGAUAAAGAAGGGAAGGGCAAGUUCUUCCAAGGUUACAAACGCAAAGGUACAAGUUGUGUGUACAGGCACAAACGAAGCAUCUUCUUGUAGCUUUAUCGAAAAGCCGAGUUCCAAGUUGCCUCCAAGACCCCCUGGGAGAUCCACUUCUACAGUUGAAAGAAGCUGUGUUGGAGGAAGUUCCAUUGUGGCAAGCAGCCUCAAAUUCAUUGACAUUGAUUCAGAUGUUAAGGAUCCUCUACUAUGUAGCCUAUAUGCACAUGAAAUCCACUACAACAUGCGUGUCGCUGAGCUUAAACGCAGACCAUCUCCUGAUUUUAUGGAGAGAACACAAAGAGAUGUGACUAAGACAAUGCGUGGAAUCCUUGUUGAUUGGCUUGUUGAGGUCUCAGAGGAAUACACACUUGUACCUGACACACUCUACCUCACAGUGUAUCUGAUAGAUUGGUUUCUAAAUGGGAACUACAUAGAAAGACAAAGACUUCAAUUGCUCGGCGUCACUUGUAUGCUCAUUGCCUCGAAGUAUGAGGAAAUCUAUGCGCCACGCAUUGAAGAGUUCUGCUUCAUCACGGACAACACUUACACAAGAGAUCAGGUCCUGGAAAUGGAGAGCCAAGUACUGAAGCAUUUUAGUUUUCAGAUUUACACUCCCACUUCAAAAACAUUCCUCAGGAGAUUUCUCCGAGCAGCUCAAGCUUCUCACGUGAUGCCAAGUGUGGAAAUGGAGUUUCUGGCGAAUUAUCUAACGGAAUUGACGUUAGUAGAGUAUGAGUUCUUGAAGUUCUUGCCUUCCGUUAUAGCUGCUUCGGCUGUUUUUCUUGCCAAGUGGACUAUGAACCAAUCAAGCCACCCUUGGAAUCCAACACUUGAGCAUUACACAACGUACAGAGCCUCCGAUCUUAAAGCAUGUGUUCAGGCCUUGCACGAACUGCAGCUUAACACCAAAAGAUGUCCCUUAAACUCUAUUCGUAUGAAGUACAAACAAGACAAGUUCAAAUCCGUGGCGGUGUUCACUUCUCCGGAGCUACCUGAUAGGCUAUUUUGAGAAAAAAAGACUAAACCGAGCGGUUUAUCAUCUCCUAACCGAUAUAACACACGUGUAACAUUGUCCUAUGUUCCGGUUUUCGGACUUUCAAUCCGUUUUCACCUGUUACUCUCUCUCUCUCUUAAAUAAAACAGUAGUGAUAGAUAAA